GGGCCCCAUUUGUUCAUCGGUCUCCUUCAUUCCCAAGUUUCGAUCAUUGGAGGCCCCCUCCGUUUACAGUUGGAAGGAAGCUCGAAGCUAGGAUUAGCGGCCAUUGGUUUUUUGACCCACCCACCUCCUCUCGCUCCUCUGCUUUCUCCUAUUUCUUCUUCCCCUUCAUCUUCAUUCUCAUCUCCUUAUAAUAACAAUAAUUACCAGAAAGAAUCAACUCCAUCAUCAUCUAGCAGUGGAAUCAGCCCUGCUGUUCUUCCUAUUAUAGUUAUUCUAGCCGUUAUUUUCUUCAUCUCCGGCCUGCUCCACCUGUUUGUUAGAUUCCUAAUAAAGCAACAGUCUUCCUCUUCGACAUCUCAGUUUAAUAGAUACCUGGAAAUUUCUGGCUCUGAUGCUCUCCAAAGGCAAUUGCAACAGUUCUUCCAUCUACAUCACUCUGGUCUAGAUCAAGCUUUCAUAGAUGCUCUCCCUGUUUUCCACUACAAAGAGAUAAUGGGUUUGCAAGAGCCGUUUGACUGUGCAGUUUGCCUAUGUGAAUUUUCAGAGCCAGACAAACUGAGGUUGCUUCCUAUGUGUAGUCAUGCUUUUCAUAUUAAUUGUAUAGACGCAUGGCUCCUGUCAAAUUCAACAUGCCCUCUCUGUAGAGGGACGCUUUACAGCCCUAGCCUUGCCGUUGAGAAUCUGGUUUUUGAUUUUGACGAUUUAAGGGAGGAUAGCGGGGUGUCCAGGCGAGGGAGAGGAUGGGUUUGCUUUAGUCAGAAACCAGUGGAAAUGGAGGAAAUUCUUACUCAGGUCUCUUUGAACAAGCCAAUCCUGAUGAAUUUCUUGACCUGGAAGGUCAGUUUGAUGAAGAAAUGCAAUUGGAAGGAAUAAGAGAUGCCCUUCAUAACAGUGGAAUGUUUUCCAUGGAGGAAUUAGAGGAAGGGGAGAUACCGGGCUUCUGAAAAUUUGGAAUUCGUUGCCUCAAGGCAACAAGAAACCAGAUGCUGUACCAAGCAUCAUCUGUUGAAUUAAAAAACGGUGGCUCGGAGCGAUUGCUGGUGCCGGAGAGGGAUGUGGAAGAGGGUAAAAAAA